UGGCGGGAGGCGCCGCUCGCCUUGCAGUUGCCGCUGCUGUAGGCGCGCGGAGACGGAUCGGGGCUGCGCCAGGGGCCGGCCCACCCUCGCCCCGCCGUCCUUCGGCCCGCGGGCCGCGCCGUUCCGUUAUCAUGUCGUUGGGGCAGUGGCUGGCCCAGCUGGUAAGCAGUUUGCAGGACCCGCAGAAAGUGGCCCGUUUCCAGCAGCUGUGCGGGGUGGAAGCGCCGGUGAGCUGCACAGCCGCGGCAGCCGCCGACCCGAGGGAGGAUGAGAAGGCGGAGGCGCACCUCGCCGGAGAAUCCCGGCGCAGAGAGCGGCAACCGGGGGCGGCCGGAGGCCCUCCGCCGCCCGGGAGCGACCGCAAUCAGUGCCCGGCCAAGCUGGGCGGCGGCGGCGCCCCCAACGGCGUGCGGAACGGGCGGGCGACCGAGGUGGGCCCGGCCUCGCCGCGGCGCGCGGGGCUUCUGCGCCGCAACUCGCUGACGGGCGAGGAGGGCCAAUUGGCCCACGUGAGUAACUGGCCUCUCCACUACCUGUUCUGCUUCGGCACGGAGCUGGGCAACGAACUCUUUUACAUUCUGUUCUUCCCCUUCUGGAUCUGGAACCUGGACGCCCUGGUGGGCCGGAGGCUCGUGGUCAUCUGGGUGCUGGUCAUGUACCUGGGCCAGUGCACCAAGGACAUCAUCCGCUGGCCGCGGCCCGCCUCGCCCCCCGUGGUCAAGUUGGAGGUUUUCUACAACUCUGAGUACAGCAUGCCCUCCACCCAUGCGAUGUCCGGCACCGCCAUCCCCGUCGCCAUGAUCCUCCUCACCUAUGGCCGCUGGCAGUAUCCUCUCACAUAUGGACUGAUUCUUAUUCCCUGCUGGUGUUCUCUAGUUUGCAUAAGUAGAAUUUACAUGGGAAUGCACUCCAUUCUGGAUGUUAUUGCUGGAUUCCUAUAUACCAUUUUAAUCUUGGUUAUCUUCUAUCCAUUUGUGGACCUGAUUGACAACUUCAACCAAACUCACAGAUAUGCUCCAUUAAUCAUCAUCGGGCUUCAUUUAGCCUUGGGGAUCUUUUCUUUCACUCUUGACACCUGGAGUACAUCUCGGGGAGACACAGCUGAGAUUCUGGGAAGUGGUGCAGGGAUUGCAUGUGGAUCUCAUUUUACCUAUAAAAUGGGUCUACUAUUAGAUCCUCCUCUGGAUAUAUUACCUUUAGCUAGGCACCCCAUUUCAGUGACUCUGUUUGGAAAAGCCAUAUUGCGGAUAUUCAUAGGGAUGUUAUUUGUACUAGUGGUCAGAGAUAUAAUGAAAAGGAUCACUAUUCCUUUAGCCUGUAAAAUCUUCAAUAUACCUUGUGAUGAUAUUCGAAAAGCAAGGCAGCACAUGGAAGUUGAACUUCCUUAUCGGUAUAUUACUUAUGGAAUGGUUGGUUUCUCUAUCACAUUUUUGGUUCCUUACAUAUUUUUCUUUAUUGGUAUCUCUUGAUGGUGAAAUACUGUUUAUGAUAAGAAAGGAGGGUAUCAGUUACUGAUAUCUAAAAACCAUAUUCUAGUUAAAAGCCAAAUCAGAGUUAGGCUUUUGCAGGAAUUUAACUUAAAUAAUUAUUUAAGUAAAUUCUUAAGAGUCGGUGCAUUUUAUCACUGCACAUCCAGUUAUUGUUUUAGGUGAGCUGAGCUAUUACAACAUUGAGAAAAUGAUAAAUACCAUUUGGAAUGUUCAUGUAAUAUUUGGAGAGUUCUGUGCUGUUACAGAUUCAAGUUAUAUAAUAUAUAUUAAGGAACAUAAUAUAAAAUUAUGUAUCUAAUAUAUAUUAUAUAUAAAAUAAUAUACCUAAGUUUUUUUGAACCACGGGGGUGUAUUAUAAAAUCAAUAAUAAUAUGCAAACAGUUGUGCCUGUGUAUUUGGACUUAAUACAGGUAUGUUAUUAACUGAUAUAUUUAAUUUUUAUUUACAAUGGGAACCAUUUCCUAAUCAAUUGUGUAAUUACUAGACCAGAAUUCAUAUGCUACCACAUAUUAAUUUACUGCCUCUUUUUACACUGCCAUCAUCUUUCAUGUUAUCCAUGAUGUUGAACAUAGGAGGCAUUUUUAAUGGACCAAAUUUUCCAAAAAGUUAGUUUUUGAAUUCCUUUUUUUGUUUGUUUUGUUUUCCAGUUCUGUGCACUGUGUUGAAUGUAUUUUAUUUGCAGUUGUUCUGGACAUUAGUUUAAUAAGUCAGGUACUGAAUUUUAUUGCUUGCUAAUUGUGCCUUUCUGUUGCUGAACUAAGAAAUGCCAUGUAUACUGUGAUAUAAAAAUAAGACUAACUUUAUCUUAAGUUACAUAUAAUCAGACAAAUAUUUUAAAAAAUAUCUAUCAAGCAAACAGGGCUAGAAGUAAACCACCUUCAAUUCUUUAGCCUUUGUUUAGAAAGAAACGUGGAAUGGGCUAAAUUUUCUCACUAGUUUAUUGAGAACCUAAAUGAAUAAAUAUCUCCAUUUUUAUAGGUAUUUUUCUGUGCAUUGUAAGUUACAGGAACAAGAUAUAUUUUUUGUACAUUGUCUUGAUCGUUUAUACUACAGGUAGAUAAUUCCAAUGAAUGGAAAUGUACUUGAACUUUAUAGAUGGGACAAUGCACAUGUUUCAUAUAUAAAUAAACCACUUUUCUAAAUUAUUUGGAAGGGAUUGGAUUUAGCAGUGUUAACUUUUAAUACCCAUUUAGUAGCUACUUAAUGGUAAAUUAUAAAAUUUAAAAGUAUCAGAAUUUUAGAUCUUAUUUUUUUCAACCUUUUAUUAUUUUCACAGUGGAAAAUUUGAGUAUAAAUAUUAAACUAUUCUUUAUUCUGUCCGUGCCUUUAUAUUUUGAAGUGUAAUUGUAAUUAGGUUAACAUUAAAUUUAUUUGUAUUAAGUUUUUCAUAAAGAAGAGAAUUAACUUUCCAUGUAAAUGAGCAUUGGGUAUGGAAUUACUGACUUAGUGCAAUAUCUGUCUGAUUAUCCAGAGAUAUCAACUUAAGAUGUUUCUAUUUUGGGCAACAUAACUAUUUGAGCUCAUAUUUUUAUAACUCUGAGAAUUUAAAGACAUGGUAAUUUUUGACAAUAGUGCAUCUGAUAAUUGUAAGUAAAGUAACUCAAUUUACAGCCUUUACUUAUUAGUUAACAGAAAACCAAGGCACUUAGGAACAUACUGGUACGUUGGAAAAUGUGCAAAGAACUUUUCUUUCAAAAUGUGUUUACUGAAUUGAAUUUUAGGGACUAUUUCCUAUAAUUUGGGUCUCUGCUAUCUUAUUAAUUUUUAUAUCUGCUUAAAAGUAUUUGAAAAUAUUCCAUUUCUUUGUGAUUUAUUAUUUUCUGUCCUAUGGUAGUUCCAUGCUAAAUGUAUUUUAAAAUAAAAGCCAAAUUCAAGAUUGGAGGGUGUUUUGUUUGCCUUCUAUGCAUUUGUUUCUGUAUUUCCUGGUAGAAAUUUAUGAAAUAUAUCUAGUAUUUUCAUUCUAGCAGUCUUUUCCUGUGAAGCAUUUCAUUCAAUGUAAGUACUGUUUUUAGCAAUAGAAGACAAUGAAGAAAUUCUUUAUGGUUCAUACUGACUUUGGGCUCUAUAUAUGAUCAUUCUGACAUUGAACUUUCAGUGAAAAGUUUCAUAACUUUAUUUUUAAAACUUAUGCCUAAAACAUGUUUCAAUAAAAUCCAUGAUUAAGUAUUGCAGGUAUUUGGUUGACUGCUAAUCCAUUAAUUCAGGCUCAUAAUACUAGGAACAGGUACCUUUUCAAGCAGAAUAAACAUAUGAACACUUCAUUUUGUAAUUAUGAACUGUCAUAACAUGAAUUGUAAAAACUAGGGCUGCCCAUAGGUUUUUACAAUCUUAAUUUUAAAAACCUAAUAUAAAGUGGUACUACUAUAGCAGAUUUAUAUUAAUUUAAUUUUACUUAUUAGCUUUCUUUAUAAGUAAUGUUUAUUAAAUGUAUCUUUCAAAGAAUAUAAAUAUUAAUUCAAUGGAGUAUAAUUUAAAGCAAAUUUUCAUAAAAUGUUUGAUAAAGAUGAAUAAAUACUAAAAUGUUUUUGAGUGUUUUAGUAAAUACUUAUAUGUUUUUAUUUUUGUAAUCACAGAAUUUUAUGUGGCAAAAACUUUUUAUUACUAAAGCAAUUUUAUUCUUGUUAGUAAAGAAUAUUUACUCUUAAAUUUAAAACCAGCUGUUUAAUCUGAACAUCAAUAAGGGUCAAUUUUAAAAAUUCAACUUUAUAGUUGAAUUAGUUUUUCUGAAAGGAGCUUUUGUUGUUUGCUGUGGAGAUUAUUUUGAGAAAGGGCAGCAGCAAUGGUUUGAGAAAGAGUAAUUGAAUGUACUGAAUGUUACUGUGUUGAUUAUUUUGUUAAAUUUUGGUCAUGUUCUUCCAGUUUUUGCUUUUGUACAUAAGUUAAAAAGACUUUUAAACUUGAAUUUUAAAUAACUUUUGCAGUUGAAUUUUAAUGGUGGUUACAUAAGCCUAAUCCUUCUCCAGGGAAUCUUCCCAACCCAGGGAUCGAACUGGGGUCUCCUACACUGCAGGCAGAUUCUUUUAACAGCUGAGCUACCAGGAAAACCCUGAAACUAUAAAUAGCACAAUAAAAAGAAGUUUCAACAUGAUAACUACAAAGGACACUUUAGAAUGCUCUUCAUUUUUAAGCAUACCAGACCACUUCAAAUUUUAUAAACAAAGCAUUCCACACCUUCCUUGUGAGACAUACAGGAGGGAAAAUUCAAAGAAAAAUAAAAGAAAUAUUUCUUAAAUAAAAAUGUUUACAGAAGUAAACGCUAACUUUUUAACCUCAGCUAGCUGGCAUUUCCUAAUUUGUUCUUCUUUUUUCCUUUCACCAUGUUUUGUCUUGGUGUAUUUCCCAUGGAUGUCUAAAAAGCCCAACUCCUACUACUGUAAUCGGAUGUGACAGGAAUCUAAUGGGUAAUUUUAGGAGUAUUUUCCUGUCAGUUUCUUAAAGCCAAAUAACUUUAAGAUUGCUUUAUGACCUAUGCUAACAGACUGUAUCAUGAUUGUCUACAGCAUCACUGGGUUUAUUUUCAGUCUCAAAUGUCAAAGUUCAUUAUCUCAGCUUUUAAAAAUUCAUACAGUUACCUAUUAUGCUGUUUGCAAUAUUUGUUUUAUUUAAUAAAUAUUUUAAAAAUUUCUUUUGUUACAUAAUGAUAUUUUCUUGUGAGAUGUAAAAUGGAUUAUCUUCUUAAAAAAUAGUUACUAUAGUAAUAUUACCUCAUGUUGCAUGAAUACCCAGUCUCUAGAUAGGUAUGUGCAUUUUCCAGGCAAAAAAUUUCAUUAGUUUUCAUCAACUUGUCAGAGAGACUGGUGAUCUAAAAAAGUUUAAAAAUAUGUAACAGUCUACAUUUUACUUCUUGUUCUGUUUUAUUAAAAGUUUAUGUUGUAAAUAAAUGCUUCCAAUUCAUCUAGUAA